GAAGCGGCGUGCCCUGUUUACAUUCGGCGAAUAGCAUUUCCGCGGUUCCUCAAUGUUGUUUCAACGACGAAAGGGCAGGGGGUAUAAGUGCAAAUCGAGACGGAUUUAUGGCAGAUGAGACGCGACAGGAAUCCACUAAGUGAGCAAAGCGAGGCUACAAGUGAGUCAAACGAGAAGCUCCGUUUCCCUCCUUUCACUUUCAGGACAGCUCCUUCAGGUCAUUCGUCCGACAAGUGGAGUUUAUGACGCAGUGUUCUGCGGGGGGCUUCCAAAGGGAAAGGAGCAGGGAGAAAACCACAGAGGAGACACUUCGGCAAUAGGGGCCAGCAGUUACGGUGACCAUCAGCACGCGUGGACAUGGUUGCUGAAAGUGAAGCAGAAGACAGCAGCUGACUCCUAUACCCCUCUUACAUCGUUUCCAAUAUUUAAUUAUGUUGGAGGGCCUGGUUGCCUGGGUACUUAACACUUACCUGGGCAAAUAUGUCAGCAAUCUUAAUACAGACCAGCUGUCUGUCGCCCUGCUUAAAGGUGCUGUGGAGCUGGAGAAUCUUCCCCUUCGGAAAGAUGCCCUUAAGGAGUUUGAUUUACCGUUUGAAGUUAAAGCAGGGUUUAUUGGGAAGAUCACCCUCCAGAUACCCUUUUACCGGCCCCACAGUGACCCUUGGGUCAUUUCAAUAUCGAAGCUUCACCUGAUUGGAGGGCCGGCACCCCUGGAAGAAUUUGAUGAGGAACGGGAGAGACAAGCAGAGAUUGAGAGGAAAAGAUCGAUGCUAAAAGCACUGGAAGAUAAGUGGAAGAAUUCUUUUCAAGGAAAGAGUGAAUCAUAUUGGUACUCUAUCACUGCUUCCUUAGUUACUAGGAUUGUUGAGAACAUUGAGUUGAACAUCCAAGAUCUACACCUUCGCUUUGAGGAUGAUUUUUUUAAACCAGGGAAGCCUAUUGCCUUUGGAGUGUGCAUUAAAAGUGUUUCAGCUCAAAAUGCCAUGAAUGAGCCAGUUCAGAAGCAGAUUCGCAAAAAACAUCUUGAAAUAAAAGAAUUCAGCAUAUACUGGGACACAGAGAGCCCCAUGUUGGGGGACUUGCCUCUUGAAGAGAUGCAGGAGAAAAUGGCCUUCUGCAUGCAAAAUAGUGACCGACAGUACAUCUUAGAACCCGUAUGUGCUUCAGCCCAGCUUUACCGAAAUAGCUCUAAAGAGCCGUUGCGAUCCUCCUCAACACCUCGCUUUGAUGUGAAAGUUCUUCUUAAAUCAAUUUAUCUGAAACUCUCAGAGGUCCAGUACCAGCAGGUCAUGGCAUUUCUAAAAGAGUUGGAAAGGAAAGAACGUGAACUCCUCUUCAGGAAAUGGAGACCAAAGGUUGUUCUUCAUGAAAAUUCCCGUGAGUGGUGGAUGUUUGCCAUUAAUGCCAAUCUUUGGGAAAUUAGAGAAUGUCGCCGUCGCAGAAACUGGAAUUUUGCCCUUCAACGAGCACGUGAUGCUCUUCUCUACACCAAUCUUUACUUUCAGAAGCUUAAAGGAGAGACACUAAACUUCGAGGAAGAGGAGGAGAUGGAACGGAUUGAAAAUGAGCAGAGCCUAGAGGAGCUGAAGGGUCUUCGAGAAGUUGUCUAUGACCAGCUUCAUCAGCAGGAAGAACUUGUAGAGGAUUUACUGACCCCCCUUUCAGAAACUCCAAGUACAGUAACUUCUAAACCUCUUCCAAAUAGUGGUAGCAUGGGAAUGAUCCAAUACCUUCAGUCUUGGUUUCCAGGAUGGGGAGGAUGGUAUGGAGAAUCUGCAGAUUCCUCAGGUUUUGAUGGAGUAGAAAAUCCUGAAAGCCUUACCUCAGAACAUGAAACAUGGAAUCCUGAAGAACUACUAGGUACAGAUGAACUUUUUGAUGGUUUUCAGGAUUCUCAGGCUCCAAACAGCUUCACUCGUAGAGACUGGCUUUUUGCCCAGCUCAGCUUCUUGCUGGAGAAGGGGCAAGUAACUUUGCUUGAACAAGAUAAGAAGAGGAGCUCCAUAUCACAGGACACUGGUGUAAUUCAACUUCAGUUUGCAGGAGUUCAAAUUGGCAUGAAGUCCCUGCCUCGCACAGAUUCCUCUCUACUGAGUGUUCAGCUUGGCUGCCUUUACUUACGAGAUUUGUUCACCCCAGGCACUGUCUUUCCUGUCCUUGUUUCUCCCAAACAGAAAAAAGGAUCAGCAGGCAUCACUCAGCCUUUUGGUCAGAGCAGUGCUUCAAACUUACUUGAUACAGGUUCUAGCCUAGAUGAUCAACAGUUACCUGUGUUUGAAAUGAUUUAUGAGAGGAAUCCACAUCGCAGCAGUUUUGAAAGGCGUUUAGACGUCAAAACAAGUCCACUUAAUAUAAUUUAUAACCCACAAGCUAUCAAGAAAAUUGCUGACUUUUUCUACAAAGGCAGAGUUCACUCAUCAGGAUUUGGAUACCAGUCGCAGUUGGAGUCUAGGGUGGCUGAAGCAGCCAGAAGACAAUAUAACAAGCUAAAGAUGCAGACCAAGGCAGAGAUACGUCAAACAAUCGAUCAACUAUUGGUGGGGGAAUUCAUUAAAAAUAGUAAGCGGUGGACAAUGAAGUUAGACAUUUGUGCCCCUCAAGUGGUGGUCCCUGAAGAUUUCACGUCAGAAGACCCUACAUUAGUAGUGGUGGAUCUUGGUCGGAUACUACUUACUAACUCUGAAGACCCCAAGUUUAAUUCGAAGAGCACACCAACAGAAGAAGAGCUUAGUGAUGAAGAGUUCCAAACUCCUCUGGCCACACCUCCUUCAUCUCCACCACCUGAACCUGUGACAACAACAGGCAUCCAAAGUAAAAGCACUGAUCUGUCUGACUUAACCGGAGCUGAGGGCGAACUACUAUUUAAAAGGAAAAUGUAUGAAAAAUAUUCGUUGUCGUUUUUGGACCUUCAGAUCAUGAUUGGGCGGCACAAAGAAGACUGGAAGCACCUGCAUGAAAGUGAACUAGGGCCAACACAUGUUGUGGAAAAAUUCAAUGUUUUACUUCAGCUGGAGCAAAGGCUUUGCUAUACUUCAAAUCCAGAGCACCCUGGAGCAACUCUGUCUGGAACAUUGCCCGACCUUAAAAUACUUCUCAAUGAACAGAAGAUUUUGGCUUUACGUAGUUGCCUUUCAGCACUGGGUUCUGGAACAGAGAGUUCAGAGGACAAAGAGCAGAGUGAAAAUUUGACUCUGUCCAAGUCUGCAUCAUUAUUUCAUGAAAAUUCUUUUAGUAAAGAUGAAGAUGGAUCAAGCAGAAACCUAACCCAAAGUGUGAUGACACUGGAACAACAUACAAAAGAGGUUCUUGUGGAAUCCCGUCUUCUUGUAGCAGAGUUUAAAGUGCACUAUGUGCAACUUGGUAUAGAGAGUAAAGGCAGUUACAUCUCUGUUCUAAAAGUCUUUGGCACUAAUGCCCGUUUUGUUAAGAGGCCUUAUGAUGCCGAAGUGUCCCUUACAGUCCAUGGCCUUAUGCUGGUAGAUACCAUGCAGACUUAUGGCAAAGAUUUUGAACUCUUGGUUGCUUCACACAAAAAUCUCAUAUUUGAUGUACCAACUGGUAGCCUUAAAGAAAGCCAGGCACAGUCUCCCAGUCUUGGGUCGGAAGAUGGUGCUUCUCAGGCAUGUGCUGGAGGAUCAUCCCUCAGUGAAGCUUUUCAUUUGUCUUCAGAUAUCAAGGAUGAGGAAGCACUUAUUAGGCUGGAGUAUCAGUUUGUUAAUUCUAACUGCCCCUCCAUGGAUCUUAAUAGUUCUCUUCAGGUGACAAGCUUACAGGUCAAUAAUCUUGACCUCAUUCUAAACCCUGAGACUUUGGUUGAGCUACUGAAGUUUCUUCAAAAGUCCUUUCCAAAAGACAAGGAAGAGUCCAGCUGGUGGUCUGUAUCCCAGCAACAGGUCCCAGAGAUGGACAGAAAUCACUUUACAGAGCAGGAAACAUUUCAGUCUACUUACGAUCAGAACACAGAGGUAGCAGUAGAUAUUCACAGACUUAAUAUCUUACUUCUGCGCACCAUAAAAAAAGGUCCUUCGGUAGGCUGGGAAAAGAAGGCUGUGAAAAUUGGUACAGCAAGUGUCAGUGACACAAAAGUGAAUGUUUCUAUGGGUAGUCAUUUACAGAUAAGGGGAUCCCUUGGAUGUCUGCAGCUUGUUGAUCUGGCUCAAGAAAGUAGUCAUGGCCAGUUUAUUGUGAGAAUUGGCAAUGCUGAGGACAUCCACACCGCAUCUGAAAUUGAUUUUCUAACUAAUGCUGAUGAAGCAUCUCUAGAAGCUCUUAGAUUUCAUCUUCUUGAGGAGUCGCAAAAUCAGUGCUCUCUGCAGGUUCAGAUGGCUUCUUUACACUACAACCAUUCAGCCAGGUUCUUGAAGGAACUUAGUUUGUCUGUCAGCGAAAUGGAAGAUAACUUUCGCUCAAUGCUUAAGAGUGCAGCCAGCAAAGUUUCCACAGCGAUCGUCUCAAAAACAGCAGAGUACACCAGCAUGGUGUCACUCUUUGAGACACCCAUUAAGCGGAGCCGAGGGGAUGUUCUUUUUGUGGAAGAAUUGGACACUGAUGAGGGUGAAGAUGGUGUGAGACUUGAACCAUCAAGGAUUAAAUUAAUCUUAAAUGUCAAUAUUGAAUCCCCUGUAGUGUCAAUUCCUAGAAAACCAGGUAGUUCAGAACUGCUAGUGGGACAUUUAGGCAGUAUUUCAAUACAGAACUUUGUGACAGGACUGAGUGACACUGAAACAGAAAAGCUUCAAGUGGAGGUGAAAAAUAUUCAUGUGUACUCCCUAAAUACAAGCCAUAUUGACCUGAACAAGAUCUUCCCAGCAGAUGUGAGGAUAACUAAACAAGAUAGUCGCUUAAGCCAAAGGCAGGCAAUCUUCAGCCAGAAGGACCUCUUUGAGUCUGUUCUACAGACAUUAGCAUUUCACAUUUUGAAAGACAACACCAUCGUGUUCAACUUGGAGAAAGUCCGACUUAAUGACAGAGCUGACCUGUCAUACCUUCAAGCAGAGCAAUCCUUUCGCAGUUCUAGCCUUCUACGAAUAGAGGGCAGGUUUGUUAACCCUGUGCAGGUUUUUCUUGCAAAGGCAGUUUAUGAACAAGUAUUGCAGACCAUGGAUAACCUCACAUUUAAUGAAGAACAACGUAUAACUCCUUCAGAGCCUCCAGUUCCUCCUCCGCCCACGCCAUCCUCCAAAUCAUCAUCUUACUUCAGUCCUUCAAUGGGCAUAUUUAGGCAUAAUAUUUCAUCUGAAAACCUCUAUUCUUCCUUUUCAACCUCGUUUAUAAGCCCUAACCAUCACCAGCCUAUCUCCCCAUUAAAGGAGCCUGACACCUUCACCCAGGUCCAUGUCAGCUUCAAGGUUUCUGAGCUUCAGGUACAACUGAGUACAGAUUUCAGUCAGGGCUCAGAAGGGCUUGUGAGUCUGUGCUUCCAGGAUCUGGAAGGAGAGUUUUCUAAAGACCACCCUCAUACUUUGGCAAUUCAGUUGACAUUACAGUCACUCCUCAUGGAAGAUCUCCUGGAGAAAAAUCCUGAUUCAAAAUAUAAACAUCUCAUGGUGUCAAGAGGUGCACCAAAACCCUCCACCUUCACACCAAAAGAGUAUUUAUCCCAGUCCUGUCCUGCUUCAUCCAAUGCUCAGAUUCCUGAUAUGCCUCGCUCCCUUCCAGCACAAAUUGAAGAGACCCAAAAUGUCUUCCAACUAUAUCAAAGACAUUCUUCUAAUACUCAAGGUGUGCCAGGAAAAUUUAAAAAGGAGCCAGCUUGUCCAAGUACUCCACCACCUUCUCCAACACAUAACUCCAGCACCUUCACUUCUCCCUCAGACUUUGAUGAGUCUCUUGUACACAUCAACGUUCUUCUUGUGGACAAGCACCAUCCUGAAUUUGAGAGCCGAUAUGAAAGAAUUGGCCGCUCUGUGGAUGUAGAUUUCAAUUGCCUUGAUGUCCUUAUUACUCUACAGACCUGGGUAGUUAUUCUUGAUUUCUUUGGAAUUGGUUCCACCGCCAGUAACCAUGGUUUGAAAACAACUCCUGCAUCACCUUACCCUGUCCCAGAUCUGUCUCAGCUUGACCAUACUGUAGGCUUGGUGGAAGAUAACUUCAGCAGUGAGGAAGCUCUACUUGAUAAGGUCAAUACAAAACUUGACCUCAAGGUUCAUUCCCUUUCUCUUGUACUUAGUAAAAAGUCCAAUGAACUGGCUAAGGCAAAUGUAUCCAAACUGACUACCUAUUUGAAAAUGUUCGAUGGAAACCUUUCACUACAGGGUUCUUUAGGAAAUCUGUCUCUUAGUGACUUGACUCCUCACGGAGAACUAUAUCGAGAGAGAUUUAUCACACGAGGAGGGGAAGCCCUGAACUUCGACAUCUACAAAUAUGGUGAACCUGACCCCUAUUGCACUCGCGCAUAUGAUAUGAAAGUCAAAUUACAAAUGGCUUCAGUCCAAUAUGUGCACACCCAGCGCUUCCAGUCUGAAUUGGUUGCAUUUAUCCAGCAUUUUACACAGCUGCAGGAUGUUCUUGGCAGACAGCGAGCUGCUGUGCAGGGCCAGGCUGUACGAGAACGGCCUCAACGAGCAGCACGAAUUUUGUUGGAUAUUGAGGCAGGCGCCCCUGUUAUCCUGAUUCCUGAAAGUGCCCAUUCUCAUCACCUCAUAGUUGCAAACUUGGGCAAGCUGCGGGUGUGCAACAAGUUUCUAAAUGCUGGUGCAAAGGGUACCUUCUCACUGCGGGACAAGGUAGAGAAACUUACCAUGGCUCAUUCCUUUUUUCCUUCUUUGGAUUGUGGAACAAAUGGUUUCCAGAGCCGUACACCCCAGGACGGAGUAAAUAAAGAGCCGAAAGAAGAUGUCACUUCACGAAAAUUUCCUUCAAGAGAAAGUAAAGAUACAAGUUGCUCCAUUAAAGAGGAUUCAUCCUUUAUACUAAACCGACCCCAAAGGUUGCUUGGAAGUUUGACAGCAGCAGAUAACUUUGACAGUCCAGAGCAUCACUUGUGCUUGCUCGACUGUAUUUCACUGGACCUGCAUGAAAUGGACAUUUUUGCAGGGGAGAGGCUCUCCAGAGGGAGUGGAGUGGAAGGCGAUAUGGAUCUGAUCUAUCCUUCCUACUCUGUGCAACGUACAGGGAGCAACUUGCUAAAGGAGCGCUGCAGACUCAAACUGCAGGUUGAGAGGAACCUAGACAAGGAGAUAAGUCACGCUGUUCCAGACAUGACAAUCCAUGGAAGCCUGUCAUCAGUGCACUGCUCUUUAGACCUGGAACGAUACAAGCUGAUUCGUGGUCUUUUAGAGAACAAUUUGGGUGAGCCAGUGGAGGAGUUUCUGAGACCAUAUAAUCUACAGGAUCCAAAGAGCUAUACGGUCCUGAGCGGUGAGGUGUACACUGGUCUGUCCUUUUUGAUUGAUAUGGUGAAUGUCAGUUUGGAGUUGCUGGAUACUAAAGAGACUGCAGAGGAAACUAAAUCCCUUGCUAGGUUUGACUUCAUGAAAUCCAAACUGCUCUUUGAAAGCUUUUCUAAUGGAACCAAAACUGUAAACCUUGUUUCACAUUCCCUUCUGGCAUUUGAUACCCGGUACACAGAACAAGGUGAAUCUAGUGCAGAAUGCCCAGAGAAGAAGCAAAACAUUUUCAACUGUGUUCUUCAGCCAUCAAAAUCUGUUAUGAACCGAGCUUCUCUUCAGAUGGAGCUGCAUUUCAGGUCCACACGGGAGUCCUCUUCUUUCACAGUGGUUCUCAACAAUCUGCGUGUUUUCUUAAUUUUUGAUUGGUUGUUCUUGGUUCGGGACUUCCUCCGUACCCCCGGCAAAAAAGGCUCUACCCCAACCCGCCAACGCUGGCCCAGUAGCAGCAGUACAAGCAGUGAAGGAGGGAUGCCAAAGACGGUUAAAACCGGUGUAGUAACAAAGCGUUCUACUGUCCCUGUUCCACAGGAGCGCUAUUUGGAGAUCAAGAUUAAUGUUACUGGCACAGAGUUUGUGGUAGUGGAAGACUCAUCCUGUGUUGAUACCAAUGCCAUCAUCUUGAAGGGCACAACGGUUUUAACUUAUAAGCCACGCUUAGUAGAUCGCCCUUUCUCUGGUAGCCUAUCCAGCAUUGAGGUGUUUUCAUGUCGAUUAGGCAGUGAGCAGGAGACUGCCUUAUCUAUUAUCGACCCAGUUAAUAUCCAGAUAGAACUCCUUGGAAAUCCCACUUAUGAGAGCACAUCAGGACUUUUGGACGCUUUCAGCACAGAAGACUUUCCCCCAUUGCUUGAAAUCCAGUUCCAAGCCUUGGACAUCCGAUUGUCUUACAAUGAUGUUCAACUCUUCCUGUCCAUUGCAAAAUCUAUUCCAACCCUGACAGCUACCACACCAGAUUCUGUAACCCCCUUGCCCAGCCAGGACUCGGUCACUACUCCAAAGGAUCUUUCUAGACUGAAGACAGAGGCUAUUAUUGAAACACAGUUGUCUCUAUUGCAAGAUCUUGGCUUUAAGAAAGAAGACUGUCGGCAAGCACUGAUCCUGUGCAGAGGACAGAUGGACCAGGCAGCAAGCUGGCUCUUUAAGAAUGCUACAGCAGUGACAUCAAGACCUUCAAGUGCAGCUGCAAGUUCUUCUCACCCAGCAGUUCCGCUGCUAUCUGGGGUUGAGGUGAAGGCAGAGAGCGUUUGCAUCUGUUUCAUUGAUGAUUGUCUGGACUGUGAUGUCCCACUAGCUGAGAUCACCUUUUCACGACUGUACUUUCUGCAGCGAGUGGGUUCUAAUGCUGAAGGCAAUGCAAGUCUCACACUUUCAGGCGAUUACUACAACCGAGAGCUGUCUGGUUGGGAGCCCUUCAUUGAACCUUGGCCUUGUACUAUUAAUUGGCAACAUCAAGAUGCUGGGCGCAUACACCCUCCACGUUUAAAAGUGAAGGUAAAGGCGAAGCAGAGGCUGGACUUAAACAUCACAUCUGUCUUACUAGAACAAUAUGACACAACCAAGUCAUCUUGGCUGGCAGAUUACUGUAAAGAAGAACAAGAUGGACAACGACCCAGAAACUCCUCAUCUCUUCUAUGGAUGGGAUCUUCUGUUGAUCCUCCAUCUCUUCGGCCAAGUGUACCUCUUGCCUGUCUUAGAACUAGAAGCACCGCCAGCUUGACUAGUCUAGAGCAGCAAAUCCACGCCAAAGCCAGCACAAAAAUGUCUAAGAGAAGGCAACCUUUUGUUCCAUAUGCUUUGCGGAAUCACACUGGAUGUACCUUAUGGUUUGCCACUUUGACUACUACACCAACAAGGGUGGCACUGUCUCACAGUGGGAGUUCUGAUGAUAUUGUUGAUGGUGGUUUAGAUGACACACACAAUGUUAGCCAAUGGCGUGAGGUUCUGCCUGGAGAAGAAAUUCCCUUUGAAUUCCAAGCUCGAGAGAAACUUCGGCACAGACACACUCAUGACUUGAAGCUACACCAGCUGCUAGUACGUGUAUGUGGCUGGGAGCAGGUGAAGCCUGUCUCGGUGGACAAGGUUGGGGUGUUCUUUCGUUACGCUGCCCCUGACCGCGACAAUCCUUCUAAUACAGUGGGAAGCCCAAUUAGCAAAACCAACAUAAUUCAUCCACAUGUCUAUUUCUCAGCACUGCCACCUGUCCGUGUGGUCUUCUCAAUUACCAUGGAAGGUAAUGUCCGGAAGGUGAUCACAGUACGGUCAGCAUUGAUGGUCAAAAACCUACUUGAAGUCCCCAUGGAGAUUCGUCUAGAUAGCCCCUCUGCACCUGAUAAGCCAGUACUGCUUCCUCCCAUUCUACCUGGAGAGUCACAGGCUAUGCCUCUUCAUCUUACCUCUUGGAGGCUGCAAGCCCGUCCUAAAGGUUUAGGACUCUUCUUCUGUAAGACACCCGUUCACUGGACCAGUGUGGAACGCAUGGGUGAAGUAAACAGCAGCAAGAGAGAGUGCCACUCCACUGACUUUGAGGAGCACCCUAAACGCAAUUUCAGAUUCUGUGUUGUCAUUAAAAAGGAGAGUUAUCCCGACUAUGUUCCUUCCCAACUCGCCCCAGACAUCAGCAAGCAAAUCUACCGGCAACCAGGACACACCAUCUACCUUCUUCCUUCGCUGGUUCUUGUAAACUUACUACCAUGUGACUUGAACUUUUACAUCAAGAAUACUUCAAUUAAAGGCACCUUAAAGUCUAGCAAGGAAACAGUACUGCACACUGCUGACACCUGUCAGAAUGUAGAACUUGGAGUUGUACUGGAAAAUUUCCCAGUCUGUAAAGAGCUUCUAAUACCUCCAGGCACUCAGAACUAUGUUGUACGUAUGCGACUUUAUGAUACCAACAAGCGCCUUUUAAAUCUGACAAUUCGUAUCAUCUUUCGGGCUCAGGGAGCUCUCAAAAUCCUCAUUUCUGCACCUUACUGGCUUAUUAAUAAAACUGGGCUUCCACUGAUUUUCCGUCAGGACAAUGGAAAGAUGGAUGCUGCUGGCCAGUUUGAGGAACAUGAAAUGGCGCGAAGUCUCAGCCCCUUACUCUUUUGUUAUACAGACAAAGAACAGCCAUACAUGUGCUCUAUGCGUAUUGGCAAAGCCAUCCAUCCUGAUGGUGUUCCUGCCUGGUGCCAAGGCUUCUCUCUUGAUGGAGGCAGUGGUGUGAGAGCUGUCAAAGUUAUUCAGCAUGGAAAUCGUCCAGGACUCAUAUAUAACAUAGGAAUCAAUGUAAGAAAAGGCAAAGGUCGCUAUCAAGACACCCAUGUGGUUACAUUUGCUCCACGCUAUUUACUAGACAACAAAUCAUGCCACCAACUGGCCUUUUCUCAGCGAGAAUUUGCUCGUGGAAAGGAUACUGUCAAUCCAGAGGGCUACAUUUCUACAUUGCCUGGGUCCAGUGUAGUCUUUCAUUGGCCCAGGAAUGAUUAUGACCAGCUGUUAUGUGUCCGAUUAAUGGAUGCACCUAAUUGCACCUGGUCUGGUGGAUUUGAAAUUAGCAAGCCCAAAUCUUUUCACGUCAAUAUGAGGGAUACAAUUGGCAAUUGCUACUUUCUGCGUGUUGAAGUUACCCUAAGAGGAGCAACUUACAGGAUCUGUUUUGGUGACACCAACCAGUUUCCUCCACCCUUCCGCAUCGAUAACUUCUCUGAGGUUCCUAUCCAAUUUUGGCAGCAUGGUGUUGCCGAUCUCCGUUUGCAUACAGAAGUUAAAGCAGGAACAUCUACGGACUAUGCCUGUGAUGAACCUGUUCUCCCACCUUACAUCACAGUGACAGCUAAGGGUGCAGGAUCUUCUCAAGUCACAGCAGAUAUGAACCUUUUUCAGGAAAAUAGCAAGCUCUACUAUGAGAACUUCAUUUACAUUGCUGCUUCUUACACUUUCUCAUGCAAUGAGGAGCUAAACCAGAGAACAGCGACUGCCAAAAGAGGACCUUUGUGUUCUGAGUUAGUCCUGGAUGUAGAACCAAAGACCUUAAGAGUUAUUCUGAAAAAAAAGGAACCAGGGAAGCGGUCCCAACUUUGGCGGAUGACUGUUACUGGAAUGUUAUGCCAUGAAGGAUCUUCGCCUCCACAGAGCAAGCCUGCCCAGCCUAGGCCUCAAGAGUCAACCUUUGUACUUGACAUUGCAGGACUGGCAGCUGUCACAGACAACAGUUAUGAGCCUUUAAUGCUGAGAAAGCCAGAUCGCCGGCGGAGCACAACUCAAACCUGGCACUUCAGCUCUGGAAAACUGACUUGUGGCCUUCCUCGUCUAGUAGUGCAGGUUAAAGGUGGUAUCUCAGGGUUGGUUGAUGGAGCUGAAGUUGUUCUAGGUCCAGACCCAAAUGGAGGUUUAGAUGCUAUUAUUCCACCUGAACAGAAUUUUAUUAACCAGAAGAUGCGUCCUGGCUCAGGCAUUUUAACAGUGCAAGUGCUGCCUGAUGGGCCCACUCGAGUCUUGCAGAUAACAGAUAUGAAUCAGCGAAGACCUAACCGUUUAUCUCCAAGUCAGGAAGAUGAGAACUGGGGAGAAAACAAGGUGAAAAAGGCAGAAGAGGAAUUUGAGGUGUUGGUGAACUUGGAGGAAGGAUUGGGAAUAUCAUUAGUCAACAAAGUCCCAGAGGAGCUCAUCUUUGCCACUCUUUCUGGAAUUGAUGUACACUUCACCAAAACCGCUACUAGUCAGGUCCUAGAACUCAAUAUUGGUGGGAUCCAGGUGGACAACCAGCUGCUCGGAACAACCCAGCCAGUGGUGCUCUGUGUUACUCCAAAUAGCGUCGAAAGUGGUGUUCCAGAAACUGGUCCUGCUCUUCAGCUCAACACUAUGAAAAUCCCAAGCAGUCUCCUGUUAACUGAGCUCUUCAAGCACCUGAUGUUGACAACCAGGCGGUUCACAGUGCAAAUUGAAGAGAAACUUCUUUUGAAGAUGCUGUGCUUCUUUGGCUAUGGCCAGUCUCUGUCAGAGAUGGAGAAUCUUGAUGAAAAUAUGUAUGAGAAGCCUAGUGAACAGGGAGGACCUAUGAAGCGUUAUUACUUUGAAAAUUUAAAGAUAUGUGUGCCUCAGAUUAAACUGAGUGUGUAUACUUCUAGCAAGCUUCCACCUGACCUCAAGGUGCUGAAGAGCAUGUUGGGCAUCCCACUCAUUCGUUUUGAAGAUGCAGUGAUUAACAUGGAUCCAUAUACACGUGUUCAUCCUUAUGAAAGCCAGGAGAUAAUAAUCAAUGAUAUCCUGAAGCACUUUAGAGAGGAGUUGAUUGGACAGGCUGUGCAAAUUCUGGGAUCAGUUGACUUCCUUGGGAACCCAAUUGGUCUGCUCAACGAUGUCUCAGAAGGGGUCACAGAGCUCAUCCGAUACGGCAAUCUUGGGGGACUGAUUCGAAAUGUCACUCAUGGAGUAUCCAAUUCUGCAGCCAAGUUUGCUGGUACCCUUUCCGAUGGUUUGGGGAAAACCAUGGACAAUAGGCACCAGACAGAAAGAGAGUAUAUUCGUUACCACGGAGCCACCAGUGGAGAGCACCUAAUAGCUGGGAUUCAUGGACUUGCUCACGGAAUCCUUGGUGGUCUGACCAGUGUGAUCACUUCCACAGUGGAAGGAGUCAAAACUGAAGGUGGGGUUAGCGGAUUCUUCUCCGGAUUGGGCAAGGGGCUAGUUGGUACAGUCACCAAGCCUGUUGCUGGUGCUCUGGAUUUUGCUUCAGAAACUGCCCAAACUGUCAGAGAAAUGGCAACCCUCAGCAGUCAAAGAGAGCCAAUUUCACUCGACCGAUUUAUAGUCAUCUGGUGAACCUACUAGCCUGCUUUGGACAAGCCUGGAUUAAGACCCCCGAAGGCCCCUGGGUGACUUAGCUCCUUAACAGGAAGUUGACCACACCAAUAAAAAUGCAGCAUGAGGAUACCAAGGAGUUUAAUGUUGUGCAGUUUUUACCAGUCUUGCAUUUGGUGCGCAUAGACUUGUGUGUGUACGCUGUCUCAUCAAGCUGGGGCGCACAGAGACUCUUAUCAAAUGGAGGGGUGGUUAUCUCCUUUGGUUAUUUCAGAGCACGGAGACUCUGUCAUUUUAUCAUGCUGGGAUGGGGCUUGUUUCCUUAAAAGGCCCCAUGCCAUCACAAGCCCCAGAACGCCCUGAUGGUAGGUCCACCCCUGGGUCUGAACUACAAACGGAAACACUGAUAGACAUUGGAGACACAUUCAUGUUCCACAAAGAAGGCAGUCCAGCCAGAAGUAAAACCCCAGGUUUCUUUUUCAGUUUUUAACCAAGAAUUUAACUCUGUUGUUUAUUUGUAGCUCCCCAUCUUGCAUUUUUUUUCAAAUUAGAAUUACUGGCUCUGUUGUGAAAUGUAUCACUGUAGACCAGACCUGGCAUUUUACGGCCCGCGGGCCACAUCCGGCCCGCUGACUACCUUGGACCGGUCCACGUGAGUUCAUAUUAAAAGUGUAGCAACAUCUAUUACUUUGUGAUAGGUGCAUGAAAUACAGUUUACAAGGGUUUUAUUUUGAAGGCCUCUAUUGUUUUUCUUAAUUAUCCGUGUGCUUAUGCACUUCAGUGAAUGCGUUUAACAGCUUCCAAGAAAUUAGCUCUUAGCCCUUAAAUAUGUCAGCUAACGUUAAAAAAAGAAAAAUUGACGCAGAAUGUAGAGUUUUUAACAAGGCAUUGACUUCUAAAUAUUUAUUUGCUGAAAUCAAAGGUAAAGCUGUGUGCUUAGUGUGUGGAGAACAUAUAGCGGUGUUUAAGGAAUACAAUUUGAAUCGCCAUUACGAGAGUAAACACGGAGAAAAAUAAAAGAAUUUUAGUGAUGCAGAGCGGGCACGAGCAUCGGAAGAUUUGCUAGCUAAACUGCAAAAGCAACAAGGAUUUUUUACAAAGCUCUACUCAUCCAGGGAUGCAGCGGUUAUGACCAGCUUUGUAAUAUCCCACAAAAUUGCAAGAUACACUAAGCCAUUCUCUGAUGGGGAGUUUAUUAAAGACUGUUUGGUGGAGUCUUCAGCACUAAUAUGCCCAGAGAAAAAAGGUGCAUUUGCCAAUAUGUCUCUCUCGAGGCGCACCGUAACGAGGCGGGUCGAGAACAUCGCGGGGAAUUUGGAGCUUCAACUGCAAAAGAAAACGGAAACUUUUGUCUUGUUUUCCUUGGCUCAGGACGAGAGCUGUGAUGCCCGUGAUACAGCCCAGUUACAGUACUUAUCUUUGUAUGUGAAUUAACGAAAGACUUUGAGAUGACACUGAAAAAACACUGAAAGAAGUCACACUAUCAGCUGAUCACCUCCACAAGUAUUCAUCCAUGUUAGAGGCACUGCAUGGUGAGUUUUCAAGAAGAUUUGAAGACUUCAAAACAGUUGAGAGUGAAAUGCACAUGAUUUCUUCUCCUGUUACUUAUAGUGUGGAUAAUGCACCCAGUGAUGUCCAGCUUGAACUCAUUGAUCUGCAGUCUGAUAAUCUACUGGCCGAGCAUUUUAAGUUGGUAUCGCUGGUAGAGUUUUAUUCCUCUCUCAAAGAGUAAAUCUUCCCACACUUGAGGAAACAUGCUCAGAGAAUGUUGGUUCUCUUUGGAUCUACCUACAUCUGUGAACAAACAUUCUCAGUUAUGAAGUUUAACAAAUCCAGAUAUAGAUCCUCUCUCCGCGAUGAUCACUUGUGUGCUGUCCUUCGCAUAUUCAACCUGACUUCAGUGCACUUGUUCAAGCCCAAAACAGGCUAGAUUUCUCUCACUGAACACCAAAAGAACUGAGGCAAAUUAAUGUGAUGUUGGUCUUUGAAAACUAGCUAAUAAAGUUAUGAUGCUAUUUUUUAAAUACUGCAAAAAAUGCACAUUUUCUAAAUUAUUUUUUAUAAAUGUUCCUUAAAUAGUUCAAUAAUUCUGUGCUCCACACUUCUUUGAUUGACUGUUUGACAUGUUUGGUUUACUGUAAGUUGAUGCUGCUAUUUUACGUUAAGUUAUGAUGCUAGUUUUUUUUAAACAUUGCAAAAGUUGAAAUUUUCUAAACUGUUUUUGUGAUUGUUCAUUAAACAGAAUUA